GUUGGUGGGCCUUAGCUCUGCUCCUGGGCGGGCAGGCAGGCAGGACCGCCAGUUUGUCCCCUCCCCACCUGGCACAAUGGCCCAUUCAGAGUCCUGAGCCAGGCCAGGGAGCACCGGUCACUUCCACUCGGGUCACAUGUCUGGCCGAUCAGCAAUAGCCCUGAGGGGGAGGGCCCCCCAUCCCUGCCACCCAAGCCCCACCUGGGGCUGGCACAGAGUGGCAUCCCGGAGCAGGGGCCCCAGGCAGGGGGGGCAAGUCACAGCCUGGCCAGUACCCAGCCGGCAGUGGGGGAGAGGACGGGGAGGGCCUCAGAGACUCAAACCUCCCCACCUAUCGUGGUGUCGGGGAUUAAACAGGCACAUAGCCGCCAGUGUACUCCGCUACCUAGUCUCCUCCCCCUGGACUUUGUGUCCCUGAGGGGCAGCUGCAACAGCCACGGUAGUGAGCCCCGGGGUGGAAAGCCUGGGACGGCUCCGGCGGUGAACCUUGGGUGGGCCAUGUGGCUGUGGGGCCUGGGGGUGCUGGGCUUGGCCCUGCUCUGGGCCGGACUCUGGGCAAUCCGGGACCGCUGGCCACGGGCGGGUGGCACCGACGGCUUCAUCUUCAUCACGGGCUGCGACUCGGGGUUCGGGCGUUUGCUGGCCCUGCGACUGCAGCGGCGGGGCUGGAGCGUGCUGGCCGCCUGCCUCACCCCCACGGGGGCCGACGCGCUGCAGCGGGAGGCAUCCCCCGGCCUCCGCACCACCCUGCUCGACGUCACCGACCCAAACAGCGUGCAGAGGGCGGCCCAGUGGGUGGAUUCGCUGGUAGGGCAGAGAGGGCUGUACGGGCUGGUGAACAAUGCGGGGGUGUCGGGCCCCAUGGGACCCAACGAGUGGCAGCGGGUGGAAGAUUUCCGCAGAGUCCUAGAGGUGAACACGCUGGGCGCCGUCGGCGUGACUCUGGCCCUACUGCCCCUGCUCCGACGGGCCAGGGGCCGCCUCGUCAACGUCACCAGCGUCCUGGGCCGGCUGGCGGCCAACGGCGGCGGGUACUGCCUUUCCAAAUUCGCCCUGGAGGCCUUCUCGGACAGCCUGCGGCGGGACCUCUACCAUUUCGGCGUCCGAGUCUCCAUCGUGGAGCCCGGCUUCUUCCGCACGGCGGUGACCAGCCUGCCCAGCUUGGAGGGGGCGUUGCGGGAGCGGUGGGACCGGCUGCCCCCCGAGACCCGCGCCAGCUACGGCCCUGACUUCUUCCCCCAGUAUCUGCGGGUGCAGCGACGCCUCAUGACACAGCUGUGCUCCGGGGACCUGAAUAAGGUGACAAAUUGCCUGGAGCACGCCCUGACGGCCCGCCACCCCCGCACCCGCUACAGCCCCGGCUGGGACGCCAAGCUGCUCUGGCUGCCGGCCUCCUACCUGCCCGCCUGCGUAGUGGAUGCAAUAUUGGCCCGGAUCCUGCCCCGGCCCGCCGCCCACACCCCUUAGCGACCACCCACCCCACCUAGGCCUUUUAGCCCAGCCUCGGCGGCGCCAGGCGUGGAGAGCGCGGGGGGGGGGGGGAGAAGGGGCAGGGCUGGGCCCAUCAUUGACCCUGCGGGUGUGCCCAUCAAUAAACCGCAAUAAACCAUCAAUAACCAAUGA